AUGGCUAGCAGCAAUGGCUGGUUGCAGAGUCCUGGAAUACCCGCCUUUGACCCCAUACAAAAGAAGACUUUGCCAGCUGGGGCUCCUAAGCAGCCGCCUUUAAAGAAGCUUUCUCAGUCUGUGACUGUGAGGCCAAAAAUUCCACCUUCUGAGAGGUGCAGUGUACCAAAGGUGAUGCAAAAUCCAGAACCUUUUCUUUUGAAAGCAGCCCGUGCACCCGUGUUAUUAGCGCUUCCUCCAAAGGAAGACCUAAUAGAGUUUAUUGCAAGAUACGAACAGGGAAUAGUAAACCCAGUAUCUGCCUUGCAUCAGUUUGCACAAAUGUACCAUGUAAAAGUUGAAUUGAAAGAAACUAGUGUGGCAGGCAAUAUCAUAAGGCCUUAUUUUGCCUUUUGUGCUGUGGUAGAUGGUGUUUGCUACAAGACUGGACUGGGAAAAAACAAGAAGGAAUCCAAAUUAAAUGCAGCUAAACUGGCUCUUGAUGAGCUACUUAACUUGGACUGUAAAGGGGCUUCUGAAAUGUCAGAUCCUCCCUGUAUUCCCGCUGAGCUCCAAGCUCCAGCAAACUCUGUUCGUGUCUCAAGGAUCUGUUUUGAAGGAAGACAGCUUAUGUAUCACAAACUUUCACGAACACUUGAAGAAGUAUUUAACAGCCUCACUAGCAAACACCCCGAGUACCAAAGCUGUGGCAGUUCACUGGCUGCCUUCAUCAUUGAAAAAGGUGGACAGCAUGAAGUUGUAGCUCUAGGAACAGGAGAAUGUAAUUACAGUCAGUGCUUUCAACCUUGUGGAAGAGUGUUGCAUGACAGCCAUGCCAUUGUUAUUGCAAGACGUUCUCUGCUUAGAUAUUUUUAUAGACAUCUUUUGCUGUUCUAUAAUGAAAAUCCAAGGAGGACAGAGAAAUCCAUAUUUUGCACAGCACCGGGCUCGAAGCUGCUUACCUUAAAGCAAAAUACAACUAUCUUUCUCUACAUGAAUCAGCUUCCAAAAGGAACUGCUCAGUUAAAAUCACAGGUACAUCUCAAUCCACAAUCUAUAUCUGCUUACGAAACUAACGAAGAACUGAGUCUCCAUGUUGCUAUAGAAGGCAAGAUUUACCUAACGGUUUGUUGUCCACCUAAAACUGUUAGAGCAAGCAGCAUGUCAGCUAGUGACAAAUUAACAAAAUGGGAAGUGCUUGGUGUUCAAGGAGCAUUGCUGAGUCACUUCAUUGAACCAGUGUAUAUCAGCAGUAUUCUUGUAGGAAAUGGAAAUUGCAAGGAUACAAGAGGGCUAGAAAUAGCUAUAAAACAGCGUGUUGAUGAUGCAUUUACAUCAAAGCUUCCCAUGCCUUACCUGGUCAACAGAUCUCAUACUUACUUGGUGAAUGCUGCACACCCAGUUCAAACAGACUUUAAACAGAGGUCUCUUAGCUUGAAUUGGUCAUUGUCAGAUGCAUCGCUGGAGGUUGUGGAUGGGAUAAACGGAAAAGCCACUGAAAGUUCCCCAUUCAAAAGUGGCACUUACAUGGCAAGUCGCCUUUGCAAGGCAGCAAUGUUUAGUCGUUUCAAAUCACUUGCUAAGGAAGCAGAACGAAAUGAUUUGCUUCAAGUUGCAACAUACCAUGAAGCUAAGAUUCGAUCUGAAUUGUACCAAGAAGCUAAAAAGUUGCUGCAAAGCUACUUAGAGCAACAUAGUUAUGGAUCCUGGAUUGUGAAGUCUCCGCAUGUCGAACAGUUCAGUGACUGA